AUGUCCCAAGCACUCGUGAACAACAAGCAGUAUCUGGCUGCCUCGGUCCAGGCUGAGCUUAGCCGCCUGCUUUCCGACGAGGCAAAGAUCUAUCUGCCUGGAAGCGAGAAAUUCCAUUACUCGAACGCGCGAUUUUCCGAGUACGGCCGUCCGACGUACAUCGCUGCUGUGCAUCCCUCCAACGAGCAUGAUGUGGCAACCACGGUGCGCUACUCGCACAUGCGUGGAAUAGGCUGCACGGCCAGGAGUGGAGGACACUGCGUGACCAAUUACAUGAAGAAGCUGCAGGACGGCAUUGUCGUCGACAUGCGAUGCAUCAACCACCUAUCCUACGAUGCUGAAAACGAGCUCGUCACGGCCGGCGGUGGCGUUUACAGCGGUGACUUUGCCCAGUUCAUCCACGACAGGAAGCGAGAGCUCGGCAUCGGCUCCUGCCCUACCACGGGGCUCAUCGGCGUCGCCCUGGGCGGAGGCAUCGGCCGGCUGCAAGGUAAAUACGGCUACCUGAGCGACAACAUGGUCUCUUGCAAACUGGUGCUCGCCGACGGGUCCAUCAUCAACGUCUCGGACAAGGAGCACAAAGACCUGUUCUGGGCGCUGCGCGGCGCGGGCCACAACUUCGGCAUCGUGUACGAGGCUACCUUCAGGGUGUACCCGCAGCCGCACGGCGGAAUCCACCACAGCUGGGACUUCGAGUUCGGGCUGGACAAGGUCCGCGAUCUGUACACGGUCAUGAACAAACUGGUUUCCGACAUGCACCCAAACCUUGCCUGCUUCCUGAUCUGGUCCAAGAAGGCAGCUUCCGGUGCCGAGGGCGUCAUCAUCCUGAACGCCGUGUGGUCUGGCCCUAAAGACGAGGCUCAGGAGUACAUCUCCAAAUUCGAAGCCAUCGGGCCCGUCGUCCCCGCCACGCUGAAGUCGGUCGGGUGGAACGAGCUCCCGUGGGUGGCGUACCAGGGCCUGAACCAGCAGUACCUGGGCAACCCAGACUCGUGGAACGUCUACCCAUACAAGAUCUUCUCUGCCGUCAGCGCCAAGCGCUUCGAUCUCGACGCCUUGGAGCAGUUGUACGCUGAGGUCAAGGAGAUGGAGCAGAAGUACGACACGCGCAUCCUCGUCAUGUUCGAGGCCUUUUCGCACAAGCGGAGCAAGGAGAUUCCGGACAAUGCUACAGCGUUCCCGUGGCGCCAUGGCUCUGAUAUUUUCCUCCUGUUGCAGGUUUCGCUGAAGAACCUCGACCGUGAGGUCGCGUCGAAUGAGUGGCUCAAUGGCUGGAAGAGGAGGUUGAUCGACGUCUCGGGCUACGGCCGCCUGCAGCAGUACUCGAACUAUGGGCACGGCACCAACAUCAACGAUCCGGUUGAGGCCAUGUACGGCUACGAUGAGUGGAGGCUCAACAGGUUGCGGGCGCUGAAGAAGCAGUACGAUCCGGAGAAUUGGUUCCGCUGGUAUCAGCCUUUCUGGCCUGACGAGGCGGAAUCAAAGACUUCUCGACUGUGA